AUGGGCCCCCCGGGCAAUAGGGGAUCAUGGGGCCCCUGUGUCCUUGUCCACACUCAAAAAAGCCUAUGAAAAAGUAUAAGAGGCAGGGUGACAGUGAAUCAUGCCUGGAGCAGAGAGUAAGGUGGGAGCUGAGUGUGGACCAUGGACUGAGCAGACAGUCCAUGACAGGGGUGGACUGACAACUCAUGGGGCCCACGGGCAAUAGGGGAUCAUGGGGCCCCCUGUGUCCUCGCCCUCACUCAAACCACACCCAAAAAAGGCUAUGAAAAGUACCAGGGGCAUCUCAUGGGGCCCCCUACUGACCCCGGGCCCUCGGGCAGUGCCCGGGUUCCCAAAUGGUCAGUCCGCCCCUGGUCC